UUAAGAUGCUAUUGAUCAGAGCAGCUCUAGCUGCGUUUUCGUUCCGUGCAGUUUCGUGUGACUUUUUCGUGGAUGAAGAAGACGGUCGUCUGAGAAGUCCCGAGAUUACUUCCAAAUAUGGCUAUCGGACCGAGACUCACAAGGUGGAAACCUACGAUGGAUUCAAGGUUGAGAUGCAUCGCAUAUCGGCUUCACCAACUGCGGGACCUUUCGAUCCGGAGAAACCACCGGUUUUCCUAAUGCACGGACUAAUGGGAUCUUCGGGAGAUUGGAUUAUGAUAGGGCCCAAAAAUGCGUUGCCCUACCUUCUGGCGGAUCGUGGUUACGACGUUUGGAUGGGAAAUGGCCGAGGAAAUCGGUACAGUAACGAACAUAGUUAUUUAACCGAUAACAUGCGCGAAUAUUGGGAAUUUUCCUGGCAUGAAGUCGGGAUCUAUGACAUGCCGGUGAUGAUCGAUUUUGUGCUGGAUAUGCGAAAAGUCAAACAGCUUCACUAUGUCGGUCAUUCGCAAGGGAUAACUGUGUUUCUGGUGUUGACAUCUUUGAUGCCUCAGUACAACGAAAAGUUUAUUAAAGUUCAUGCACUUGCCCCAGCAGCUUAUCUGUAUCACUUGAAGAAUCCUGUUCUAAGGUACCUUGCAACCCACUUGAGUGCGGUAGAGAAUACGGUGAAUUUUCUGGGUUGGAAUCAGUAUGCACCAAACCCACCAUGGGUACUCAAUGUGGCACAUAUGUUUUGUCCCCAUUCAGUCAGAAACUGUGUCAAUUUAAUGUUUCUGCUAUCUGCCGGAGAGUUUCAACACCUGCUGCCCAAAAUAGUUCCGGUUCUGCUGGGGCACAUCCCAGCAGGUGCUUCCGCUAAACAAAUAUAUCACUUCGGUCAAGGCGUAAUAUCCGGGCGCUUUCGUCAGUAUGACUACGGCUUGGACAACAACACCGAAAUCUACCACAACCCAGAUCCACCCGAGUACAAUCUCACCAAUGUUCGAGCUCCGGUUCUCAUCUACUACGGCCAGGACGAUCAUCUCUCGACUCCAACCGAUGUGGGUCGCCUUGCUCAGGAGCUCCCGAACGUGGUGUCCUUGAACCAGGUAGCUGAUGCUUCGUUCGGUCACAUGGACUUCCUACUGGCACCCGACGUCAAGGCCGUACUGUACGACCACAUUAUCGCCAGCAUUGCCGAGAACUAGCUGAACUAUACAGGUGCCAGAUAGUUACCGCGAACGGUAGCGCACCAAACGAACGAAUCGACCAACCAGCAGCUUUCGACACCGAUCAUUGACGUGCUUGUUACCCGUGAAUAACUACCUUACAACUUACCGAAAGUUCGAUAACACCCCACGCACUCUGUAAUUAUUAUUUUAAGUUAUUGUUCCUUAGUAUGAAUUGCUUGAGCGCGCUCUUGUCACCACAGUUGCUUUUUCACUUGUAGGUGCGCUCUUAUCGCCGUUUAUUACCUCCCUCAUUACAAAUGUUCGAUGGGAAGUUCAAGUUCAGUUUAGCAGGUUAUCGUGCUUUAUUUUUUAUGAUGUUCCGCCGUUCUUACUGCGGGAGAAUGAGUCUGUGAUAUUACUAACA